AUGAAGAAGGGUACAAUAUUCAUACAACUACUUGCAGAAGAUAGGCACCUUGCAGCCCUCAGCAAGUUAGACAACAAUUUGGCAGCAGAAGUCUUGUUCCUGCACUAUAGGAUCGGCAUGACAAAUCACGGGCUAGAGCUGAACGGGAAGACGGCUGGUUGUGGGGGCGCAAGAUUGACACUUGCGCUCGCGAUCGCCUUCAGCUGCCUCUGCAGGAUUUCGGCCGCUGACACCCUAACUCCGGCCGAAGUUCUCAUCCUUGCUCCAGCCGCUGAUCACGCCCAAACUCUGUCGCUGAAACCCAUCGAGCACUCUGACAACGCCCCGGCCGAAUCAAAGCUCCUCCUCCUCCUCCUCCUCCUACCCCUCCUCCUCGCCACCGCUCUCCACCUCGCCCGCCUCCGCACCCGACCCGACCCAGCCCGCCCCCUCCCCCUCGGCUCCCUCGGCUGGCCCUUUCUGGGCGAAACAAUCGAAUUCAUCUCCGCCGCCUAUUCCCCCCACCCUGAGUCUUUCAUGAACCGCCGUCGCCUGUUGUACGGUAAUGUGUUCAAAUCGCACAUAUUCGGCAGCCCCACCAUCGUCUCCACCGACGCCGAAGUAAGCCGCUUCGUCCUCCAAAGCGACGCUCACGCCUUCGUCCCUUCAUACCCCAAAUCCGUCUCCGAGCUAAUGGGCGAAUCCUCCAUCCUUCUAAUAAACGGCUCCCUCCAGCGGCGCGUUCACGGCCUCAUCGGCGCCUUCUUCAAAUCCCCCCAGCUGAAGUCUCAAAUCACCACCGACAUGCAAUUUUACGUCCGACGGUCUCUGGCCACCUGGCCCGACACGACCCAGCCCAUUCUCAUUCAGAACCAGACCAAACAUAUUGUGUUCCAGAUUCUCAUCAAAGGGCUCAUCGGCCUCGAUCCGGGCGACGAAAUGGAUUUUCUCAAGAGCCAGUUCCAGGAAUUUAUUGCAGGAUUAAUGUCUCUUCCUGUCAAGUUCCCCGGAACCAGGCUUUACAAAUCCCUCCAAGCGAAGAAGAGGAUGGUGAUGCUUGUGAAGAAGAUUAUUGAGGAGAAGAGGAGAAGAAAUGAGAGUCGGCGUGGGAUAAGGCCGAACUCUAAGGACGUUAUUGACGUGCUUAUUAACGACACGAGUGGUCAGUUGAGCGACGACCUGAUUUCGGACAACAUGAUCGACCUUAUGAUUCCGGCGGAGGACUCCGUGCCGCUGCUCGUUACUCUGGCUGUUAAGUACCUCGGCGAAUGCCCUCUCGCUCUCCGGCAGCUCGAGGAGGAGAACAUGGAACUCAAGGAAAGGAAAUCUCAACAAGGUCAAGAUUUGGAGUGGAAUGACUUCAUGUCCUUAUCAUUUACACAAGAUGUCAUUACUGAGACACUAAGACUAGGAAACAUAAUAGGAGGAAUCAUGCGCAAGGCUGUGAAGGAUGUAGAGGUGAAGGGCCACUUCAUUCCCAAGGGUUGGUGUGUCUUCACCUACUUCAGGUCAGUUCAUCUCGACGAGGCCAUCUACGAGGACCCCCUCAGCUUCAAUCCAUGGAGGUGGAAGGAGAAGGACGUGAGUGCUUGCAACUUUACUCCUUUUGGAGGUGGGCAACGGCUAUGUCCCGGGCUUGACCUAGCCAGGCUUGAAGCUUCCAUCUUCCUACACCACUUUGUUACCAGCUUCACGUGGGUGGCGGAGGAGGACCAGGUGGUGAACUUUCCGACCGUGAGGAUGAAGAAAGGGAUGCCCGUACGUGUCACGAGGAAGCAGGGAGCGUGCGAGAGGAGCUCGUCCAUACGUGUGGAGUGCUAGACAAGGUGGCUAGGCCGGCUCGUACCAGCCAUAUGUGAAUUAUUAUGUAUAACUAUAUGAAAAGGAGCUGACUGUGGAGUUUAAGAUGAGGGGGGCAGAGAGUUUGGUCAAAGGGAUCCGACCCGCUUGACCCGAAAAUUGUGGCGGUCAGCUUUUGGACUAAUGAUAGAGCUUCGAAAUUUGUGAAGACUAAGUAAGCCGGUUAAUUACGCACCCACGCGUGUGAAUCUGAUGGUCGCACGUGGGGCCCUUCUUGUCAUGAUCACUGAGAAUCGUGUGGGGAGCUGGAGCAUGCAUGACCUGGAGGGCUUCUUUGGGAAGUGGUGGAUAUUGGAAGUCGGGGAAGUCACUUACAACGAAAAUGUUUCUUGCAUGGAGAAGUGGGGCCCUGCUGCCUGAGGGGAAGUGAUAUUUUGUAAUGUUUUUGGGUUUUAUGAGAAUUUAAAUAAGUGAGAAUGUGAGUUGGUAUGGAUGUAAAAUUGCAAGAUUUUUUUUUUUUUUUGAGAAAAUUAUGAGCUGAACCUUUACAGAAGAA